GCCCAGAGAAGUUAAAGUGAUUUGCCCGAGAUCCACACAGCAGGAGCAGCCAAGAAAAUGACUGCUGGUUCAGUCUCUGUGCCUCAGAUUAUUCCCCUGCGAGUUCCUCUCCCGGGGAAAGCCAAGCAUGAAAUAGACACUAAUACACUUGUAGAAAUAAAAUCAGAUACCCCUGAUGUCAGCAUAUACUACACCUUGGAUGGAAGCAAGCCAGAACUCCUAAAGAGAGCUGGCUAUGGUGAAAAUAAUACGUUUAAGUAUUCAGGACCAAUCACUUUGCCUGAUGGUAAAAUAUUGAUUAAAGCAAUGGCAGUCACAAGAACCUGCAAAGAGAGUGGCAUUGUCACAAAGACGUUUCUGGUAGACUACAAGUCACCAAAUCUGGUCUCUUCUGAUGAAGAUAAUGAUGAAAAUUUCUUUAAAGAUCUUACAAAGCAGGAGUUGAGAGAUGGACAUCUUGGCCCAAAACAGAGAAAGGCAGACAUAAAUGUGGGAAGCAAGCCUGACUAUAAUGUUACAUUUCCAAAGUUUCAAGAUGGCAAAGUAGACCAGAAAUCUGACCUCAGAAUCCUGAAAGACCCAUAUUACUCAAAAGAUCCCAUGGAAGUCUCAGAUUACCAAGAAGAUUUAGCCUCUGCAUCAUCUACUCACCAGGUGCAGUUCACUAGUUCUACAGACAUAACUAGCAGGAAAACUUUGACUAGGACCCAAGCCUCAAGAGUUCCAAGGGAAGCUGACUUUCUCAAGUGUUCCCGUUGUUUAGCUCCUCGCCCGUCUGAUCCCUUUGCUCGGUUCUGUCAAGAAUGCGGCUCUCCUGUCCCACCCACUCUGAGUCGUCACCUCCUUCCCCUGGAAGGAGCUCAGAUGGGAUUAUGUGGAGAAUGCAGAACUAGAGUUCCAAUGAACACCCUGAAUUGUAUUGUCUGUGAAACCCCGCUCGCUACACAGCUGCAGUCCCCAGCCAGUACCCAUUUAAAGAGGAAGAUCAUCUGUCUCACUUGUGGAACAGGAAACCCCAUCCACCUCAAGCACUGUGUGACAUGUGAGAGUCCCCUGCCUGAAACACAAGCGCCUAUAAUAAAGGGAGAAACAACCCCACCUCCAUCCACUUGGAGAGGAAAAACCAUUUCCUGCCCAAAGUGUGGCCGUAGAAACUGUUGUGAUGCUCGCUUUUGUGAUUGGUGUGGAACCAAGCCCAGCCGUCCUGCAUGCUACUUCACCUGCACUAAAUGUGGAGCCUGCAAUCCCAUACAUGCUAGAUUUUGUGGAUGUUGUGGUGUUUAUACAGAGUCUUUGGAAAGAUUAGAUUCAGAGAAGUGCAUGCUUCUUAAUCCUGGAGAUGCUUCUGAGUUUUCUGAGCUCCAAUCUGCAUGGCAGCCUCUAAUUGUAUCACUGUCAGCUAUUCAAGACAGGAAGGACAAAAGCACCCAAACCAUUGGCCUCUUUUACCCAUCCAGCAAGGAGUUGGAGAAGAAAGAACUUGAGCUGGUUUCUCAAAAAGAAAAUCAAGAGAAAAUGAGUGACCGCAAGCCUCUUCUCACAGCCAUCAGCCCUGGAAAAGGAUACUGGAGGAAACAGCUGGAUCACAUCUGUGCUCAUCUCAGAAGUUAUGCUCAGAACAAUCCCGAGUUCAGGGUUGUAAUUGGAGAACCUCGGAUGGGAAAACUUCUUUCUGCGAUGGUCCAAGAGGAUGGUUUUGAAGUCAAUAUCAGGUUGAAUUACAUACAGAUCACUAAAAAGGAUAGCCACACCAGCAAGCCAACAAAGUCCAACAGUCAUUUUUUAAGUGAUGUGACUGAAGGCAGGAAUGGAAUGUAUAGUAGCCAAGACAGCUUGGUGAGUGAAAAGAGCCAGGGUACCUCGGGCACCGAGAAUAAGGAAAAAAGGACCAAGAAGAAGACAAGAAAAUAUUUAGCAAAAGAAGAAAAGCUUUCUCCUGAAAAUAGAAGCCUCCUGAAAGAAGUGAGUCUGAAAGGGAAAGGAAGCGUUUCUCUCAUCGAAGAACUUCUAGAUGAGGGAGCUGAUCCCAACUGCAAGAACAGUGAGGAUCGACCAGUUCUAACUGUGGCUGUUUUAAACAUGCACCAUGAAGCAAUCCCAAUUCUUGUGCAGAAGGGGGCAGAUAUUGACCAGCCGUCAGGACCCCUCAGAAAUACGGCUCUUCAUGAAGCGACUCUGCUAGAGGGAGUGAAGUGCAUAGAAGUCUUACUGGGGUGUAACGCAAGCAUCAAAAAGAAGAACGAGAAAGGGAUGUCAGCCUAUGACUUGGCCCUGAAGACUGGGAAUGACCAAAUCAUUUCACUAUUUGCUGCUAGACUUGGCCAAGGAAUGCUGAGUCAACUCACCCAAUUUAAGAACAGUAAACUGAAUGACUUUUGACCUCACUCUAAACAUUUUCACUCUAAAAAUUUUUGUAGGCCUUUUCUUAGCACAAUCAGCUAGCUCUGUGACAAUAAUUUUGUGAAUUUCUCUUUAGGUUUAGAGGGAGAGAUUUGACUUGGCUUAAGUAAGGAUAUGUAGUUUUAAAAAAAUUCAACCUUAGGAAAAAUAAGGGAAACCCUGAGGUGUUUUUGAUCUGCCUCAGGACUUCCUUACCAUGCAGGAGUGAGAUUUUGGUGGGCUACACUGGUUCCGCCCAGAGCCCGAGCCUUUUAGGGGUGCUCGGUGUUGGUUGGAGAGCAGAGGUCUCAGCACUAACCUCAGUUUAUGUCCCCAGCUUCUCUCUGAGCAACUUGAUCUCCACAGGGACUGUCACAGUUAGCUCUGAGGGUGCACAUCAGUGAGGAGACACACACACACACCCAACCACAAGUCCCAGGAACACUUGGGAGACAUAACACUCUCCCACUCCACCUUCCCACUUCAGGAGGUCAAAGUUAAGUACUUGGCAACCAAGAGUGGUGAGUGGUGAGUGUCAUCAGCAGCAGCAGUGGUACUCACUGGGCUCCAACUGUGUGCAGAGAACUGUACUAGAGAAAAAGACAUGGUCCCUGCCCUUGAGGAGUUUACAAUCAAAUGGGGAAAAUAAGCUAUUGCAAGUGUACGAUUCAUGCAAGAAUAAGUACAGAGAUUCAAAUGAAAAAAGCAUAAAAUGCAUAAAAUAAAGGAGCAGAUAAAUCCAACAGUCCUAAGUGUUUGAUGGAAUGAUAAUCAAGGAAGUGGAGGUUAACUAAAUGAUUACUAAUCAUUUAGUAUAAUAACUUCUAGUAAAGUCCUGAAAAUCUCAA